AUGCAGUCUCUCUGGGAUAAUGCGAAAGAUGUCGCCCGCACGGUGUCUGGACAGCUCGAUGAAACCUUCGAAGCCGCCCUGACUGGGAACAGCAACGGCAGCAGCAGGAGAGCCCAGCCUUCAGGCAGGAGCAGCGACUACGAUGACACAAACGAAGAUGACAAUUAUUGGUAUCCGGAUCGCAACAACAGCAGCCGCAGUGGCAGUAGUAACACCAGUAGUAGCAGCAGCAGCAGCAGCUGGAUGGGAGCCGAAGUGCUGCUUCAACACGGCCAGUCAUCCGCAGCUGCCGCCUUGGAAGGCAUCAAUCGCUUUUGGGGAAGGGUAGCAGCAGCACCAACCAAAAAUCCAUCCUUCUCAUUUGCACCAAACAUCAUCCGCAAGGUUCGUGAAGCUGCACCCACGGCUCCGUGGCAGCAGCAGCAGCAGCAGCGCAAUCGUUCGCAACAGCAGCAACAAUAUUCACAGCAGCAGCAACGUGAUUCGGAGCAACAGCAGCAACGUUAUUCGGAGCAGCAACAUGAUUCGGAGCAACAGCAGCAACAUGAUUCACAGCAGCAGCAACAUUAUUCACAGCAACAGCAGCAACAUGAUUCGUCGGAGGGGGAAGCUGCACAAGACGAAACUCAAGCUGCUCGCGCAGAAGCCUUAGGGGUGGCAGCAUCCCCAACACAAGCAGAGGCAACAUCAGAACGGCUUAGUCUUCUACCAUCGCUCCAAGCUCCAGCACUGGGCGAAUCUGAAGAGGCAUUUCCAAUGGCUAUACACUCACUGGCAGCAGCGUCAGACUACUUCAGCCAUGCUGCAGAGCCUUGCGCUUGCCACGCACCUGCAACAGAAGCCUCGUCUGCAGGAGCAGCGAGUUCUCCAGCAGAUUCUGCAUGCAGAGAAUCUCUUGAAGCUGCAGCAGCCAUGUCGUCAUCGCCAGCGGAAGGCAGUAAGGAUGCCAGUCGCACUGGCAUCCUUACUGCCUUUCAGAAUUCUUCAAAAGAAUCUUUUCUUCUCCACGAACUUAAAGGCGUCUCAAUGUCUGCUGCGAUCGAGGCAGGCGGAGGACGGCCGGUAGAAGUGACAGGUGCUGCUGCUGUUGCUGCUGCUGCUGUUGCUGCUGCUGCUGCUUCUACCAAGUGUCUUGAAAGCAAACUGCCUGUUGGCGUAGAGGCGGCAGCAGAGUUUGCAACAGCAACGGGAGCUGUCGAAGGGGAUGGCGCUGCUAUGGGCUUUGAAGAUAAAGAUUUGUUGUCGGAUUUUCUGCAUUUGCGACAAAACAAGAAGGCUGACGUCAAGGAGGAUGUAGCGGCAGUCACAUCUCAGAGAAAAGCCUGCCAUUCUGCAGCUCCUGUGUGGUUGACAUCUGCUGCAGCGCAAGCGCAAACAGCUGCAGCUAGCGAACAACUCCCAGAUCUCCUGGAUAUAGCACCAGCGUCAGGAUCAAAAGAAGGAGAAGCAGCAGAGACAGCUGAAGAACUGGCGAGGCUGGAUCUCUUCAGUGAGAGGGCAGUUUCUUAUUUUACGGAGGCUGAGGCAGCUGCAUGCUCACCACCCAUCGUGCCACCGACCCCACCACCGACCCCACCACCACCGACCCCACCACCCCCGACCCCACCACCUUCUGCUGUUGCAGCAGCCGCAGCAGAGCAGAUUGUCAACCCUCAGAAGGUUCAGGAGAAGCUGCGGGAGUUGGAGUCGACUCGUGCCCAGUUGCUGCAGCAGUUGCAGCAGCAGCAAGAGCAGCUUGCGAGACAGCAGAUGCAACUGAAGCAGCAGCAGGAGCUGCUCUUGCAGCGGGAGCAGCAGCUGCAAAACAAAUCCGAGCAGCUGUCGAUUCUGUUGGACGCGCAGCACAGGCCUGACGAAGAGCUGCAACAGCUGCAUCGCCAAGUGCAGGAGCAGCAGACUCACGAGAAAGACUUGCUGCGAACCAUUGAGCUGCUUAAUGCAUCCCUUCGAGAAUAUCAAGAGAAGAUGCAGCAGCAGCAGCAGCAGCACGAGCUGCUGCAGCAAGAAUAUGUCGAGCUGCAGCAGGAAGGAAGGGCACUGUCAACCCGCUUAGGAGCUGCAGAGGGAACUAUCAAGAAGCUCAGGAUGCAAUGUGAUGGCUUUAAGGCUUUGAAAGAUUCCCAGGAGCAGCUCACUGCAAAGGUAGCCGCAAAGGAGAAAGCGAUUUGUCAACUGGAAGCCAAAGUGCAACGUCUCACAGCUGCUUCUGCUGAGGCUGAAGCCAGUCGUUCAAGUGCUGCCGCGGAAGCUGCAGCAGCGAGAACAGCAAAGGAGCAGCUAGAAAAGCAGGCUGCCUCGAGGGAGGCUGAGACUCUUGAGCGCAUGAAGGCAAUCAAUCAGCAGCUAUCGAAUCAGCUCAGCGAAGCGAAGGCGAUGGCUGCGCGGCUGGAGAGGCAGCACUUUGAGCAGCAGCAGCAGCAGCAGCAGCUGCUGCAGCAGGUGCAGUCGGAGAACGCUGAGCUACACACAUUGCUUGCUGCCGCCUCCAUGCCGUCUCGCGAGAGGAUAGCGGCAGCUGAGCGAGACGCAGCAUGCGCGCGUCAGCAGCUGCAUGCGUUGCAGCAGCAGCUGCAGCAGCAGCUGCAGCAGCAGCAGCAGCAGCAGGAAGAGCUGACCUUGCAGCUGCAGCAGCAGCAACGCGCAAGUGAGGAGCAGCGACAGCAGCACGAGCAGCAACUCGCACAGCUGCAGCAGCAACGCGCCGCAGAACUGCAAACUCUCCGAGAGUAUUUGCAUGCAACCCAGGAGGAGGCUUCAAGUGCUCAAGAUGAAAAAGCUUCCGCUUGCCGUCGGGCAAAGGAGCUGCAACAGCAUCAGCUUCUGCUGCAACAGCAGGUUGAAGAGACGCAGCAGCAGCUCCAUGAGCAGCAACGCGAGGCAGCGAAGCUACAGGAAGAGCUUAAGCAGCUGCGGCAGCAGGUGCAGCAGCAGCAGCAGGAGGGGGAGGAGCAGGAGCAGCAGCAAGUUGGUACAACACAAAUGCAAGAGCCGCAAAAAAAUCUCGAGCACCUCUUGAACUCGCGAGCAGUGUCUCGCUAUCGCGCGGAGUGGUUUCGCCUUGCUACGGGGGCGCGAGAGAGGGAGCAGCAAAUGCUGGUAUUCCAGAGCGAGUUGCGAGCUGCCAUUAAAGAGAAGCAGAUGUUCUCCUCGGAGUGUCUAAGCCUCGCCUCCACCGUUGAAUCUCUGACGCGACGUGUGCGUCAACUGGAGGAGGAGCAGCAGAACGGCAGCAUGCAGAAUGCACAACUGACGGCAGCCGCUGAGGCCGUAAGCGAGUUGGACGAAAUGCUUCAGGAGAGUCGGGAGGCGGCAGCAAUGUAUAAAACGCAACGCGAGGAGAAGAUUGCGGCUGCUGCUGCUGCGGCUGCUGCUGCUGCUUUGGUGAAGCGACCUGCCUGA